CUUGAGAAUAACAACGGCGAAGAUUUUCGCAGCAACACCAAUGAGGCUUGCGCCGUGAUGCUGUUCGCGCACUGUGCUACCUCCCUGCUGGAAAACAGGUACAAGGAAGUCAUAAGUCUAGUCCUCAGAAGCAUUGACUAA